UAGUUAUUUAUUUUGUAGCCUUGCUGCUCCGUCAUCUACCUACGCCUUGCUCACCUCUUGGUUGUUUCACUUGCCACCGACCGUCGCCGAACUGGUGCCGUCUCCACCGCGCAAUCAAUCAAGGCUGCAGCUUUGGCCAGUGACCCCCGACGCUUCCCCUCUACGACACAAAAAUUGAUUGUUCAUGGCCGACGACUCCCUAAAACCAGUGAUAUAAUGGAAUUCUCACGACCUGCAUCGACGGGCUCAUAUGUAAACUUUCAGCCGCCAGCGCCGACGCGGCUUACUACUGUCAGUAGACCGAGCGAUAGGGCAGACUCGACACUCCAGACGACCAGCAGCAGCACGGUAUCACCGGGCACAGAUCCCAAUCAAACCUCGAAUACCAAUGCACAAUCACCUAAAGCUAUUGAUGGUCCGUCCAACGGGCUCUCAACGGGUGCGCAGGCAGGCAUAGGCGUUGGCAUCGCCGUCAUGAUCCUGGCGCUACUAGCGGGCUGGUUUGUCGCACGACGGAGACGGCAGAAGGACAAGAAAAAGACUACGGAACAACAAGAGGAGUUUGAAAAGGCAGAGUUGGCUGGCGGUGUUCCGAUUAAAAAGGAUCCUGGAGCAGAGCUGGAUCCCACCAACGAAGUCUUACUUGAUAAGGGCAGGGCAGAGCUACAGGGAGAUAAGGUCACAAGGGGUCGCAACCAGGCAGAGUUGGAGGGAGACGGAGAGUAUUUGGCUGCCGCUAUAAAGCGUUGGGAUGGGUAUGAUGCAGAUAAUGGAGAUGGGGGUGCGGUUGAGUUGCCUACAGGUGAGGGAUGGGAGGUUCAGCCAGCCGAAAAGAAGGAGGCAGAAAAGGAUUUGAAGGAUGUACUGGAGGAUUCUAGGAAGGACGAUGAGGAAGAGAAGAAGACGUGAUGAAGAGAUGUUAAUAUGUCUAGUGAGCGUAUUUCUCUUUAUAUAACGUUGGAUUGGUGGUUGAUGAGCUCGGGAAUGUACAUAAGGGUUGGGUCGAUAGUCAACCAUGUCACUGGCCAGGAUAACAUAACAUAGGAUCUGUUUAAUGAUGAAACCACUGCUUGUACAGACAUUCUUUUUACCAGAUUGGAGCAUCUGUUUAGUCUGGAUUGGACUGGAUAGUGACCGUCGGCUAUCUGGAACCCAGAAUCCUCUUUGGGAGCGUUGGCAGCGUCUGCUGAUUUACCGUUCAUUUUGCACUCGGUGGAUAUACGUCCCAGUAGGAUCAUCCUGGAUAUGAAUAAUGAAUAGCAGUGCGUACAUAAAAACAAGAAAAAAAAGAGAAAACCCAUUCUUGCUCCCAGCAACUCUUUACAC